UGUAAGGAAUGACAAACAACUGUUCUUUCCACUGUAGAAAUGUAUAGAGAGUGCUCUAGCUAAAAAUUUAACAGCGUGGUCAGCAUUGCUUAGAGUUCGGAUCGAUCCGAUUCAUACAGCAGCACACAGGCACAAAAGAAAAAGAAGAGGAGCUGUUGGAGAUAGUGCAAGGGUGGAGUAUUCAUUGAGGUUAAAAAUCAGCGAUAGAUGAGGCUAUUGCAGUUUGGAUUUGUAGUAGCUUUGGCAUCUGGCCUCUCGGCUAUUCUCAUCUACAUCACUGGCGUCUCCAAUCUAAAUUCGAUUCACAAGCUUUCGCAUGAAGAUGUAAAAGCUUUGGAAUCCUUGCAGAGCAGUUUCCAGAAGUGCGUGCGUGCAAAUGGAUUGGGUUUACAAGCUGUGCCUGGUAGUGAUUAUUGCCAAGUCACAAUUAACUUUCCUAGUGAUACUGUCCCAAGAUGGAAAGAUCCUAAAACAGGAGAACUUGAGGGGUUAUCAUUUGAAUUUAAUCUGUGCGAAGCUGUGGCUACAUGGGAACAGCGAGUUGAUUGUCAGGUGCGGAAUAGCACUACGAUUCUGACAAGGGAGUUCAUCGAUGCUUUGCCAAAUGGAUGGGUGGACUAUGCAUGGCGCAGAAUUAAUAAAGGGAUACUUCUUAACAACUGUAAGAAUAAGACUUUAUGCUUGGAAAAACUCUCCUUAGUACUCCCUGAAACACCACCAUAUUUUCCGAGGCAGUUUGACCGAUGUGCCGUGAUUGGUAAUUCCGGAGAUCUCUUAAAGACAAGGUUUGGGAAGGAAAUAGAUGGCUAUGAUGCUGUUGUUAGAGAAAAUGGUGCCCCCAUUCAGAAUUAUACAGAGUAUGCAGGCAAGAAAAGUACUUUCCGUCUUCUUAACAGAGGAUCUGCCAAAGCUCUUGAUAAAGUUGUGGAGUUAGAUGAAACUAGGAAGGAGGCCCUGAUAAUUAAAACAACAAUACAUGACAUUAUGAACAAGAUGAUUCGGGAAGUUCCAAUUAACAAUCCUGUGCAUCUCAUGUUAGGUGCAUCCUUUGGGUCUGCAGCAAAGGGAACUGGCCUAAAGGCUCUCGAGUUUGCUCUCUCUAUUUGUGAUUCAGUUGAUAUGUAUGGUUUCACUGUGGAUCCAGGAUACAAGGAAUGGACCAGAUAUUUCUCAGAAUCUCGACAGGGUCACACUCCUCUGCAUGGAAGGGCUUAUUACCAGAUGAUGGAGUGUUUGGGUCUUAUUAAAAUCCAUUCUCCAAUGCGAGAUGAUCCAAACCGUGUUGUGCAAUGGGUUCCAAACUGGAGUACGAUUAGAGCUGCUAGAGUUGCAUCAGAGAAAUUGUUGAGGUGCCUUGACUAUGUUGCAGGAGGGUUGGAGCAGGAUCUGAAGAUCCAUUGGCCCCAUGUUCCAUUAGAAAGCAAGUUAAGAAAAGGUCUGUUUCAGGUCUCAGAAAAGCUGCUAUUGAUCAUCAAAAAUUUGUUAAAGGCACAACAAUGUAUCCUCUGGAGCACAGUCCUGGACAUGGUAUGCUCUGCACAAUACCAACAGAUUGGAACUCUGAAAACUAGAUACCUUACACAGCCAACCGACUGAAAUUGUCAAGCCAAUGAACUAUGUACACUAGGCGAUCGAUACUGUACAAGAAAAAGGAGAUAUUGAUGCUCAUUUGGGAAGGAAAGGCAAUUGGCUUGCACAGUGAAAAAAAUUGUUUGGAAUAGCUUCGUGAACUUUCCCUGAUCAGUCUGUUUCACAAAAUUUUUGUCCUAUCGUGUCAAAAGGCAAUUGUCGGUGGGAAAAGCAAUUUUAUUUUUCUUCCCAAACAUGCUUUUGGUAGCAGCACUCGUAAUCAUUUACUUUGGAGAUUAUUUUGCGAAUGGUGCAUACAAGUUAGAACAUAGGUCUUAAGGAUUGUUGCUGAUGUCCGUAAAAUUCAUUAACCUUUGUUCAACAUGCUAUUAAUUUAAUGUUAUAAUGUUCUUCCUUUCUUCUAGUCAAAA